AUGAUAUUGCUAACAAUUUUGGCACUUCUAUUACAUUUACUCUAUCGACUCUAUCGACAUUUUUUUCCAACGCCAAACAUCAAUCCCAAUGGUAAAUACAUUUUUAUUUCUGGGUGUGACACGGGUUUCGGUCAUGGAUUAGCUAUCAAACUCGAUAAACAAGGUUUCAAUGUUCUUGCUGGUGUAUUUUCUCCUGAUAACAUCAGUUCUCUCCAAAAGGAACUUUCAUCACGAGCUACUGUCUUUCGACUUGAUAUUACUAAACAAGAUGAUAUUGAUACUGCAUUUGAAUUAGUUAAAGAAAAAACGAACGCAUUGCAUGCUCUUGUAAACAAUGCAGGAAUCAGUAAAAGCGGUUUCAUUGAUUGGAUAAGCAUAGAAUCUAUGCGUGAAAUAAUGGAUGUGAACUUUUUUGGACAUGUCGCAAUAACAAAAAAACUUUUACCUUUACUAAUAGCAAAACGCGAUUCUCGUGUUGUUAAUAUUUGUUCCGUUGCUGGUUUUCUUACUGUACCGAUGAAAUCAGCUUAUUCAGCGUCAAAAUAUGCACUUGAAUCAUUUUCUGAUUGUCUUCGUCGAGAAAUGUUUCCGUGGAGUUUACGUGUUAGCAUUGUAGAACCUGGACCAAUGCGAACACCUAUCAUUGAAGGGCAUGAUGAAUUUAUGAAUAAGUUUUGGAGUCAUUUAUCUGAAGAUGUUCAAGCACGAUGGGGAGAAGAUUUUCUUAGGGUUCAAGCAAAAAAUAUAUCUGAAAAUUUUCUCUAUCGUCAUGCUGAAGAUCCGAAUAAAGUAGUAGAAGCACUUGAACAUGCAGUACUCAAUUCUAAACCCGAAAUUCGAUAUCGACCUGGUUGGCAAUCAAAAUAUUUCUUUUUACCAUUAUCAAUGGCUCCAGUUUGGUUGGCAGAUUUUAUUGUAAAUCGAGCGACUUAUUCUCAUGUUAAACCUGCUGGUGUAAGAAAAAAACAUUUAGAAUAG